AUGCCCAGUUUGACCCAGUUCACUGUAUGUCUCUGGAUGAAGAAUAACGACACUGGCAGUUAUGGUACAAUCUUCUAUUAUGGUGGUUCUGACCAGUAUACUCCGUAUAAUGGAAUUGGCAUUGUGUACACCUCCCAGGGAUUUCCUCUGAUUUACAUUGAUAACCACGCCAUUAGGUACAUUUUGCAUAUAAGAAAGAUAACGUAUUUACGUGUAAUAGAUAAAACCCGAUCAAUAACUUAUUUUGCAGUUUUCUUGCUUAUUGUUCUCCCCUUUGGCAUAUUGUAAUAAAAAGGUCAAACACUAAGAACAUUUUUAAAGUUAUGUUAUUUCGGUUAAGUCCUUCAGGCAAUUACAAAGGAAUAGAAAGAAAGAAAAACUAACAACUAAUGAUAUACAAUAAAAUGUAAGAAAGAAUCUACUUAAAUUAGACCAACACUAAUCAUAAAAAGAGAAAACUUCCUGCUUUUUAAGGAUUCCGUGUAAAAAGCCACCUUACUCUCCGAAAUUGUGGCGACGAAUAACUGAUUUGAAACUUGUCAGCCUUGUGACGAGCCUGCCUGAAAUGAUCUGGCAAACUGUUCCACAAUACCGCACCAUUAUAACUGAACCUCUUUUUUAAGGUUUCAGUAUGGGGAAGCGGUACUGCCAGUUUGUUUACCGUUGUUGAUGUUGAUGCCAAUUCUCUGAGUGACUGAAAAUUAGAGCUAAUCUAGGCCAGCGUCGUAAUUUGAAGAAGUAAUUAUACGACCAGCGUGGUUGUGUAAUCACCUUCCACUCAUCGGGAAAUAUCCCCUUUUUAAUUGGCAGGUUAAAUAGACACGACAAUGAUUCAGAAAUCAAAUCAGCUGUCUCAGAAGCUUGGCAGAAAUGUUGUCAAGACCUGUAGCUUUCGAUUUACAAAGUUUAGAUAACAAAAAAAGGACGGUUAACCUUAGUCAAUUUCAUAAAACGAGAAAACGCUGUCGGUUUUACUGAGGUAAUCCAAAUGGCAAGCGUCAACUUCGCUAAUGUCUUUAGCCACGAUCAUUAAACGUUUCUGGGAAACUGCCCACCUACUCCUCCCCUAAGCCAACAUUUACACUUACUACUCAAUUAGGGCAAAAUGUUAGCUUAGGGAAGGGGUAAGUGGACGGGCCAAAGUGCAAGACAAAGCGAAUCCUGCGUUCUGAUUGGCUACCCUAGCAGGCAAGAACGCUGUGCAAGACGAGUCCGUCUUGCCCGCAUUUCCCGCGUUGGUCCCGCAGGAAGUUCCAUCUUUGGCCAUAUAAUAAAUCCUUUAUUUACCAAGCUUGUUCGGUCAGGAUGGUUGAAUAUUGACCUCAUUCUUAUUUCGUCUGGGUGAAUAAAAACGAAAAAGAACUUGGGAAAUAUCCAGUCAUCUUAACCAAACAAGCUUACUCAAUAACGCAAAAAGGUAUAUAUAUAUCAAAAUAAAAUUAUCUAUAAAAAGAAAUUAUUGUGAGCAAAAAUUCCUUCUUCUCUUUGUAUUUCUUCUUUAGCGGAUGGCAAGUUCUACUAGUUGAUGGAAAAUGGCACCACUUCUGUGUAUCUUGGGAAAACAUCGGGGGCCAUCUGAAAUUAUACAAAGACGGUACAUUAUUUGGACAGAGUAGUUCGUUUGCGACUGGCCAAGUGAUUAAGUCAGGAAGAUGGCUCAUGUUGGCUCAAAUGCCUGAAAUGCCUAAAUCUAGACGUAAUGCAAGGGACAGCUUGGUCGGAAUGUUGACAAAUGUCAAUGUUUGGGAUCACGUGCUUUCCCCUGCAGAAAUCGAGAAGAUGUCAAAAUCGUGCCUCUCUGGGGAGGGGGACUUAUAUAAGUGGCGUUAUUUCAUUCAUGGCCUUAAAGGGGAAACCAGAAUAGUUAUUCCAUCUCCUUGCAAACCAAUGGCUUCCUAA